AUGACUUGCAGACAUGUGAGGAUAAAGACGAGAAUCGACAAUAGAAGCAUUGUUACCCCAGGUGAGCUAAUAACAGAAGAUGCCACGUGGAUGAGGGGACAUGGUACUUACUACCUUGAUGAGUGCACGUACUCAUCUGUGGCUGGUAUGAUUUCCAAAGUGAACAAACUUCUCAGCGUGGUUCCUUUCAAGGGACGUUACAGACCAGAGACAGGUGAUCACAUUGUCGGAAGGAUUAUUGGGAUUAACAAUAAACGUUGGAAGGUUGAACUAGGUGCAGAGCAUGCUGGUGUUUUAAUGCUUGGUGCAGUGAAUUUACCAGGAGGUGUUUUGAGAAGAAAAAGUGAUAGUGAUGAGCUCCAAAUGCGCUCGAUUUUGAAAGAAGGAGAUUUGCUAAAUUGUGAGGUGCAAAGUACGUUCAGUGAUGGAUCUGCAAGUUUACAUACUAGAUCCUUGAAGUACGGAAAACUUAGAAACGGUAUGUUUGUCAAAGUCAAUGCGUCUUUGAUUGUUCGAACGAAAAACCAUAUGCACGACAUGCCUGGUGGAGUGAGUGUGAUAUUGGGAGUAAAUGGAUAUUGCUGGAUUUUCAAAACAAAGAACAAGGUUGAAGCCGCUGGAAAUAGCAACAAUGCUGGUAAGGCAGAGAGUGAGUUGAAGGCAGCAUCAAAGGGAUAUUCCAUUGGAAUGGGUAGUGUCAGCAUAACUCGACUUGAAGAAGAAAGCUCCUGGGAAAUCUACAGCGACAAGAAUGACAACAUAAGUGGAAGCAUAAAGGAAACUAUAUCUCGUUACAGGAGCUGCCUGGUUGCGCUUAACUAUUGUGAGAUCGCCAUCGACGUGAAGAGGCUUGUCAAAGCGUACGAGAUAAGCUUGGGUCUUGGUGACGUCAAUAACUUAGUUAGCGAAGACGCAAAGAGAUCGAUAGGAGAGGACCUGAUCAAUAGUGAGAAGAUGCGAGGCUAA